AUGAUGUACAACGCCAUAAUUGUUAUAUCGAUCGUUGUUCUAUUUCAUAUUAAUGUUGUUUAUAAUACAGCCAUACAUGACACAAAAUCUGACGCAGAAACGAUACAAGAUCAUGAACAUCAGACAUCUUUGAUUGAACAAGAUAGUGAUGAUGAUACAUAUGAUAUGAAUAAACGACUAGCCAAUAUGAAAUUUGCUAGUGGACUAGGAAAGCGUUUAGCAAACAUGAAAUUUGCUAGCGGUCUGGGAAAACGAUUAGCAAACAUGAAAUUUGCCAGCGGUCUUGGAAAACGACUUCCAUCAAUGAAAUUUGCGUCUGGUUUAGGUAAACGAAAUGAAUACGAAGGUUUAAUGAAUUAUAUUGGUGAAAAUGGGAAUGAAUUCAACCGACAGUAUGUUUAA